CACAGUGAGUACGUCAUACAUAGUGUAGAUAUAUUUUGUAAAUACGACUUCUGGAUUUACCGCCUGCCAAAGAAUUAUUGACAUUUCGAUAGGCAAAUUUCAAAAAUAAUGUACAAACUGUCAAUAAGUCAAGUAUUAUGCCUAUAAGAAACAAGAAACCGAGUGACACGAGUGAUAAUGUUUAUCGAUUUAUCAAAAAUAAGUGAUCAACUUUGCAGAUGAAAUAAGUUAUAAUCAAGUUAUUUCAAGUCAUUAGAUAUUUAAUGUGUAUGAUCAUCAUUAAAUUACUUGAUAAAUGGCAGCAAAGUAGGCGGAUAUGUGUACAUAAAUUAGGUGCAAAUUGUAGAUAAAUAUAUCUUUGAAUCCAAGGAAUAUAUUUUUAAUCAACGUUCAUCAUGGCGAUGGGAAAAUUCUUCCGUGUAUAUGAAAAAUUAAAACCACCAAAUCCAUACUCGAUUAUAAUGGAACACAGGAAUUACAGUGAAACACUCCUUUUUGAAUCUCAAGCUGUGGCUGUAUUGACUGCUCACGAAACGGACUCUCUCAAAACCCAGUACACAAAGCUAUUGGAAGCUUACGGAUGCCUCGGCGUACUGCAGCUGAAUUCCGGGGAAAACACAUUUUUAUAUCUGGUCAUGGUCACGGGAUGUUUUUCCGUUGGAAAGAUUUACGAUUCGGAAGUCUUCCGCAUCACGCAGUCGAACUUCAUUCCUCUGCAUCACAAUCAGAGCAGCAACGAGGACCGCAUCGCCGAAGUCAGAAAGGUGCUGAAUUCGGGUACCUUUUACUUUUCCUGGUCGGCUGCUGGACACGAAGCUUUGGACAUUACACUCAGCGUACAACGAAGAUACAUAUCUGACCAUACGGAUAAACGAUUUUUCUGGAAUCGAAUGCUGCAGAUACACCUCUCGAGAUUCGGAGUCAAUACCGAUUAUUGGUUAUUGAAAGCUAUGUGUGGCAGUGUAGAAAUAAGGAGUGUUUACGCAGGGCACAGGCAGGCUAGAACUGUAGUUAUUUCUCGAUUGAGCUGUGAAAGGGCUGGAACCAGGUUCAAUGUGCGAGGAACCAACGAUGAUGGAAACGUAGCUAACUUUGUUGAAACCGAGCAGAUAAUUUACUUAGACAAUGAGGUGACAUCUUACAUGCAAACCCGGGGAUCUGUACCGCUGUUUUGGGAACAGCCAGGAAUCCAAGUUGGUUCACACAAAAUUAAGAUUUCACGCGGAUUCGAAGCUUCUGCGCCAGCGUUCAACAGACACAUGAACUUACUGAAGAGACGUUACGGCAAACAAGCGAUCGUUAACUUACUGGGUUCGAGUCUUGUGGGAAGUAAGGAAGGCGAAGCUGUGCUGAGUCAACUUUUCCAAACGCACCAUAACGCUUCGGUCCACGCCGCCGACGUUGCGCAUAUUGUUUUCGACUAUCACCAGGAAUGUCGCGGUGGAAACACGAAAAAUUUGGCUAAGUUGAAAGAGAGAACCUUGAAGUAUUUGGAAGAUUUUUCUCUGUUCUAUGCAAUGGGAAACGAUGUAAUCAAUUCGCAAGUCGGAACCAUCCGUACCAAUUGUUUGGAUUGUCUCGACCGGACCAAUUGCGUCCAGACGUUCUUUGCCUUGGAAAUUUUGAAACAACAGCUGGCUUUGUUGAAGCUCAAUGAAAAGGCGCAGAUCAUCUCGCGAUUCGACGAAGUGUUCCGUCAAAUGUGGAUCAAUAAUGGAAAUGAGAUUAGCAAGAUUUACGCCGGAACUGGAGCCAUUCAAGGAAGUUCGAAACUUAUGGACGGAGCUCGUUCGGCUGCAAGAACCAUUCAGAAUAAUCUUUUGGAUUCAAACAAGCAAGAAGCUAUGGAUAUUUUGUUACUUGGUUCAACUUUGAAUACAGAACUCGCCGAUAGAGCUAGACUUCUUUUAUCGCCCUACAUGUUGCAUGCGCAGCCUUCUAUUUUACGAGAAAUGUGCAAACGUUACAAAGAGUACGUUGAUACUAAACCACUUAGGAUAGGCGUUGCUACUUAUAAUGUUAAUGGCGGAAAGCAUUUUCGAAGUGUGGUCUACAAAGACGUAACUUUGUCGGAUUGGUUGCUUGACGCACCUAAGAUUAAUUCGACAGUCGUGGAUGAUUCUGACGAUACUCCUGUCGAUAUUUUUGCAAUUGGAUUCGAAGAAAUUGUUGACUUAAACGCGAGCAACAUUAUGGCAGCUAGUCACGAAAAUGCUCGGGCCUGGGCAGAGGAACUUCAGAAAGUUUUAUCCAGAGAUCAUGAAUAUGUUCUUAUCACCUAUCAGCAAUUGGUCGGCGUGUGCUUGUACGUCUUCAUAAGACCUGAACAUGUUGGUUUCUUAAGAGAUGUUGCGGUCGACUGUGUGAAAACUGGCCUCGGGGGAGCAACCGGAAACAAAGGCGCCGUUGCUAUUCGAUUUGUGCUGUUCUCAACGUCAUUUUGUUUUGUUUGCGCUCACUUUGCGGCUGGUCAAUCGCAAGUGAAUGAGCGAAAUGCUGAUUAUGCCGAGAUCACUAGAAAGGUCGCUUUUCCAAUGGGCCGUACCUUGAAUGCUCACGAUUACGUUUUUUGGUGCGGAGAUUUUAAUUACCGUGUUGACAUGGAUAAAGAAGAUAUGAAGGAACUGAUCAGACGCAAUGAACUUGAUGAAAUUCUUCAGUAUGAUCAACUUAGAGUGCAGCAAGAUCAAGGAAACGUUUUCAAAAAUUUCUCGGAAGGUCCUAUAACGUUUCCUCCUACUUACAAGUACGACCUCUUCUCAGAUGAUUACGAUACAAGUGAGAAGUGUCGUCAACCCGCUUGGACUGAUCGAGUUCUGUGGAAGCGACGAAAAUUAAUACAUGAUAUAGAAUCCGAAGCGGACUGGAAUCCUGGAAAGUUAGUUUUUUACGGAAGAGCUGAAUUAAAACAAAGUGAUCAUAGGCCUGUUAUAGCUGUGAUCGAUAUUGAUGUUCACUGUGUUAAUAAGGAAAAACGUGAUAAUGUUUUCCGAGAUGUGAUAAGAGAUCUCGGCCCUCCAGAUGGAACGAUAGUUGUAUGCGUGGAUCAAGAUUGUGAUGAAGUAGAAAAUGUUUUCGAUGAGAGCUUCAUGAGCGCUCUUGUACAAGAUCUAUCUGAAAUAGGUGAAAUAAUACUAGUACGAUUCGUUAAUGACACGAUUUGGAUUACUUUUAGAGACGGGCAAAGCGCUCUGGCCGCAGCUCGUAAAGGAUUUACGACCAUCUGCGGUUAUCAGCUCAAAUUAACGUUAAAAUCACCAAAUUGGGUUUCGAGCAUCGAGAGAGAAAUCGACAGUUUCAAAAAUACAGACGAGAGCGAAGAAAAUCAAUCGAAUCUGAUCGCUGGAAGAUUGGAAAAUUUGUCUAUGAAAAAUCAACGCUUCGAAGGUCACAAACCACCGCCAAGGCCACUUCCUCCAGCGAGACCACCGCAACCAGUUUUGUCAAACACACCAAGUCCGUCUCAUGUAAAAUUAUCACCGAGAAUAUCGCCAACCGAAGUGACAAGUCCACCGGUACCUAAUAGUUCCAUUUACGAAGAGAUACCUGAUAAUACUCCUGCUGGUGUAACGUCUCAUACAGCUUAUGCAGAUCAAGCAGAAAAUAUUCCUCCUCCAUUACCAUUAAGACAUAAUAUUCCGUUGCCGGCUCCGGAAAUUCCUCCUCCACUUCUACCUCCACCGGUACCAGCUAGAUCAACUGGGGGACCGCCGAUACCGGCACGAAAUCCUCAUUAAUUUAUAUAGUAUUUAUUUAGGCGAUAAACAAAAAAUAAUUCCAAGCUAUUGUUUAGUAAGAUGUCUAUAUGUUUAUUGCGGUUGCAUAGUGUUUUGAUCAUUGAAGGAAUGAAAUCCGCGAUUUCAUGAGUUACACAUCGUACGUAAUACUCAAGUAUUAAGCUGAAUAUAUUGUAAGUUGAUGUGAAAUCUUAAGAUAUUGGCUAUAUAUAAAAGUUAAUUGUUGAAAACUCAUACAGUAUAUGUAUAUGUUGAUUGAUCUGGGCGAUUCUAUCUUGUAGUUACAUGAUGCUGAUAUUGUUUAAUCAUGAUUCAAUAUAACACAGUAGCGCAUUGCCAAGUAAAUUAAAAAAAAAAAAAAAGAUAUACAUAUUGUACAAAGAUCUAUUACAUCUGUAACGUGGAACAGGCGUUAUUUUCAUACACACACAAAUGAUGAAAUGUGUUUUUGGAAUCCUCUUGUAGAAUUCCAUGUAAGCCUUUUUUAUUUUCAUUUAUUUACGUAUAAACUGAAUAAAAGACAUAUUUCUGCUGUAAAAUUUAAUCUCAUUUUAAGUAAUAAAUUUUGCUUGCCAGCUUGAAAAAAAUGCUCAAAUUGAAAUCUUUCAUUUUCACCAAUCAAUUUCGCCAUUAUGGCAUUAGGUGGAGGGUCCAUAAAUUUAUGUUUCCUCAAGAGAAUCGGCGAAACCAGCCGGGGAAAAUAAAUAAAAGAGAAUGAUAGAAUGGAUAAUUCGAAAAGCUGAUGCGUUAGAAACUAAAUAAUCAGUUGUGGGAGUAGCUAUUGGUAUGAGCUCAGUAUAUUGAUUUUGGAACUGAUAUCCCGAAUCAAAGCUUGCAACGAAAACCAAAACAAUGCUUAAAUAAGCCUAAUUAAUUCACGUUUAAAUAAUUGUAAGCUUAAAAAAAGCAUGGAAAAAUUGUAAGGCCCAAAAUUUGAAAGGACCAACCUUAAGACACACGCAAAUUAUAAUGAUUCAAAAUAUGAUCAAUAAAAAUUAGUAAAAAAUUAA